CCCUCUGAGGGGAGUUUGUAAUUUGUGAUAUUGGGCUAUACAAAAUAAACUGAAUUGAAUUGAAAGUCACUCGUGCCAUCUCUGCUCGUGCUCGGUUGUCUCGGCCUCGACCUGCUGGAUAAGUCCGGUAGCACAUCGCCACACGGCGCCAUAUUAGAUAGACGUUAUACUGCUGCUGACGGAGUCGAGCAAGGGGAAGCGGCUCUCCGGGUGACCAGGGUGCUCGGGCCGCGACCGGCAAUCCGCAGAAACACUCGCGCUCGCUGCUCUAUGGUGGACAACGAGUAAUCGAGUCCAGCAUCUCGGGCGCGUUGUUUUUCGCCGUUGCUCCGCUAAGUUCCCCGGGCCCAGACAUGACUUCCUUGGUCCAGCGGAGCUCGGGCCUCGUGCAGAGGCGGACCGAAGCCUCGCGCAGCGCCGCCGACAAAGACCGUUUGCCCGGCGAGGAGGACCAAGAGCCCCGGCGGGGAGACGAGCUGGACGACGACGACACCGGGGACUCUAAAGAAACGCGCCUCACCUUGAUGGAAGAGGUGCUGCUGCUGGGCCUGAAGGACCGAGAGGGCUACACCUCGUUCUGGAACGACUGCAUUUCGUCGGGGUUGCGAGGGUGCAUGCUGAUCGAGCUGGCCGUGCGAGGACGUCUUCAGCUGGAGGCUUGUGGCAUGAGGAGGAAAGGUCUGCUGGCGAGGAAGGUGAUUUGCAAGUCGGAUGCUCCAACGGGCGACGUGCUCCUGGAUGAAGCCCUGAAACACAUCAAAGACACCCAGCCCCCGGAGACGGUGCAGAGCUGGAUCGAACUGCUCAGCGGAGAAACGUGGAACCCCCUGAAGCUUCAUUACCAGCUGCGGAACGUCCGCGAGCGGCUGGCCAAAAACCUGGUGGAGAAAGGCGUCCUCACCACGGAGAAGCAGAACUUCCUGCUCUUCGACAUGACGACGCACCCGCUGACCAACAACAACAUCAAGCAGCGGCUCAUCAAGCGCGUCCAGGAGGCCGUGCUGGACAAGUGGGUGAACGACGCGCAGCGAAUGGACAAGCGGCUGCUCGCGCUCAUCUUCCUGGCCCACUCCUCCGACGUGCUGGAGAACGCCUUCGCCCCGCUGCUGGACGACCAGUACGACCUGGCCAUGAAGAGAGUGCGGCAGCUGCUGGAGCUGGAGCCCGAGGGCGAGAGCGUCAAGGCCAACGCCAACGAGCUGCUGUGGGCCGUGGUGGCCGCCUUCACCAAAUGAGGCCGCCGCGGAGGGCAGUCGCGGCAUUCUAAGUGGCAUUGUACUCCUGGGUGGGAAUCGGAGCGCGGACCCCCGACAUGGUGACGGGACUGAAUUAGUUAACCCCUGCCUGGACUUUUGGAACGGGCCGCCCUCUUUCCUCCCCCUCUCCCUUCGUCAUUUUAUUUUUCCUUCCUGAUGAAUGUCUCCCCCCCCCUCAUGUGUGUUAACUUUUUACUAAGAAAUAACAACUCUCAUGGAACUUCGAAAGAAGUGGUCGGGGAUCAUGCGGGCGGUUCAUAUCCUCUUUUAUUUUCUGUUGGGUUUGUCUUCGGUACAAACGGGGGACACGCCUGAAGGGUAAAAGCCGUGAUAGACAUGUACACAAGUCAGCUGAUACGCCUGUCAAGGCUCAACAGAUACCUGUCUAUCAAAUGGGCUCGGAGCAUGGGGAUGUAUGUGUGUGUGUGUGUGUGUGUGUGUGU